CUGAAUCGGAGAAGAGGUGGAAGUCCUCAUCUGAACUAUGCAUCCAAUGAGAGACUGCCCCCAGUGAAGGACUGGCUUUCCAGAUUUUAAAAUAACGGAGUAGUUGAAUCCUCAGAAAGCAGCGGUCGCCUCAGCGCUCACAGGUGGAACAUGAAAAUGGGUCAUGGACGGGAGGAGUUUACUCUGAGUCAGCUCAUAGGACCUGUGCUGUUUUAGCGGAUCAUGUUCCUCAUCUGUGUCCUGUUCUGCUUCCACUGAGAUUUUCUACCCACCUCAGUCCAUAUAGCCUAUAAAUAUUUUUCUUAUUGGUCUUUUCGUUCUUUACUUGAUGCAAACAUCGACAUGUUUGUCAGGACAGUUUUCCUCCUCUACUUUGUUGAAUUUAUUCGCUGUAUGGAAAGUGAGAUUUGCUUUCCGAUUAAACUGGAUGACCAUAGUGAUGAGUUUGACAACGGGGUGGAUAUCAGUUUUCAAAAGCGUUUUAUAAAAUUAGCAGCUUUUCAGCAAGAAUUUGUGCUCAAUUUACAGCAAGAUUCCGAAUUCAUCGCUCCCUCCAUCUCUGUCCAAGGCGCGUUUUGGAUCCAAGACCCUGGUGUCCACAGGGACUUAAGACGGUGUUUCUACUCUGGAUAUGUGAACGAUGAUAGAGAUUCCUAUGCUGCACUGAGUCUCUGCAAGGGUUUAAAUGGUGCAUUUGGCUUCCAGGGCUGGGAAUAUUUCAUCAGCCCGGUGCGUAAUGGCACCCAGAGCGCGCAGCAGGCGCACGUCGUCCGACGCAGACGCAUCCAGGAUCUGAAGCAGAAUUCCACCUCCAGGUGUGCCGUGGAGAGCGACCUAAGCCCCGCAGAUGCGCGAUCCCUGCUGAAGUAUAGGCAUAUGACGGAGCUCAGCAGCUUAAACGAAACAUUACUGAAGAGGAUGGGGAGGGCUAAAAGGUUCGCCUCGGUCCCCCGGUACGUGGAGACGCUGCUGGCUGCAGACGAGUCGAUGGUGAACUUCCACGGAGAUGACCUAAAGCACUACCUCUUAACGCUGAUGUCGGUCGCAGCUAAGCUGUACAGGCACCCCAGCAUCCUCAACUCCAUCAGCAUCACAGUGGUGAAGAUCGUGAUCAUAUCUGAGGAGGACAAAGGUCCAAAGGUGUCCGGGAACGCAGCCAUGACGCUGCGUAACUUUUGCACCUGGCAGAAAAAGAUGAACAAACACAACGACAAGCACCCAGACUACUGGGACACAGCUAUUCUCUUUACAAGACAGGAUCUUUGCGGAGCCUCGUCUUGUGACACUCUUGGCAUGGCAGACGUUGGCACCAUGUGCGACCCGAAGAGGAGCUGCUCCGUUAUUGAGGACGACGGCCUACCCUCAGCCUUCACCACCGCUCACGAGCUUGGACAUGUGUUUAACAUGCCCCAUGAUAAUGUGAGGGCCUGUGAAGAUGUGUUUGGAAAGCUGCAGGAAAACCACAUGAUGUCCCCCACGCUUAUCCAGAUCAAUCGAACCAGUCCCUGGUCUCCUUGCAGCGCCGCCAUCAUCACCGAGUUCCUGGACAGCGGACAUGGGGAUUGUUUGCUCGAUCAGCCUCAGAAAACAUUGGCUCUUCCAGAUGUGCAGCCCGGAUCCUCCUACGACCUCAAUCGUCAGUGUGAGCUCGCCUUCGGUGAAAGCUCUAAGCCAUGCCCCUUCCUGCAGCCACCAUGUAGCCGGUUGUGGUGUACAGGGAAGUCCAACGGUCAUCUGGUGUGUAUGACUCGGCAUUUCCCCUGGGCAGAUGGGACACGUUGUGGUGAUGGGCAGGUCUGCGACCGAGGGGUCUGCUCUGACAAACAGCUCCAGACUGUGAAGUUGGACGGACGUUGGGGUAAGUGGGGUCCAUUCGGUUCCUGUUCCCGCUCAUGUGGAGGCGGCCUUCAGCUCUCUAAACGGGACUGUGACAACCCAGCUCCAUCAAACGGAGGCAAAUACUGCCACGGAGUUCGGGUCAAAUAUCGUUCCUGCAGCCUGAACCCCUGCCCUAAAACAGAUAAGACUUAUCGAGAGGAACAGUGCGAGACCUCCGGCCAGACUUUCAGUAGUAACCGUGUUGCCCACUCAGUAAUCUGGGUGCCAAAGUACUCUGGAAUUUCACCUAAGGACAGGUGUAAACUCAUCUGCAGGGCUAACGGGACCGGCUACUUCUAUGUUUUGUCUCCCAAGGUUGUUGAUGGGACUCCGUGCUCUCCAGACUCCACAGGCGUUUGUGUUCAAGGAAAGUGUAUCAAAGCUGGAUGUGAUGGUGUGAUUGGCUCCACAAAGAAGUUUGAUAAGUGUGGAAUCUGUGGUGGCGAUAACAAGAACUGCAAGAAGGUGUCCGGACUCUUCACCAAACCUGUGCAUGGCUACAACUUCGUUGUGAUGUUGCCAGUGGGUGCGGCCAAUGUGGACAUCCGUCAGCGAGGCUACAAGGGAAUUAGAAGUGAUGACAACUAUUUGGCAGUUAAGGACAGCAAGGGGCAUUACCUUCUCAAUGGGAAUUAUGUUGUGUCAGCCGGUGAGAGAGAUGUAAUUGUGAAUAACAGCCUGCUGCGCUACAGUGGCACAACUGGUCUCUCUGAGACCCUGCAGGCAGUGAAGCCCCUUGGAGAGGCGUUGACCGUUGAAGUGCUCUGUGCAGGAAAGAUAACACCCCCUCGCAUUCGCUACUCUUUCUACCUCCGUCGUCAGACCAAGGAGGACAAAACACUAAAGAAGGAGGAGAGUGCCAAUUCUAAGAACAGCGUCCUGCCAAAAGAUGAAAUCCAUGAGAAAGCGGAAGAUCAUCUAAAAAGUUCCUACAGCAAGAACAAUGCUCCAAUGGCGAAAUGGACAUCCGGAGCCUGGGGGGAGUGCUCUGUGUCCUGUGGUAGGGGUUUUCAGAGGAGAAUGGUGCAAUGUUUAAGAGCAGAUGGGAAGCCAGGGCUAGACUGCAAUUCUUCUCAAAUACCGUCUGCCACCAGGGUCUGUGGAGACCAGUGCGCUGAGUGGCAUAUUGGGCAUUGGUCGCCCUGUUCCAGAACCUGUGGGAAGGGCUUCAAAAGACGACCUCUCCACUGCAAAGACCACACUGGGAUUCUGCUCCCAAGGGAUCUGUGCAAGGGCUUUCGUAAACCUCAGGAGCUGGACUUCUGUAACCUAAGCCCUUGUCAGUAAAUUGAAGUUACAAAAUAUUUUUUCUUCUAUUUCAAAGGAGACCAAGUGAAUCCACCAUCUAGUAUUACGUCAUUUGUGGUGGUUUCAGUUGUUGAGUCCAGCAUCAAUGGACUGCUAGAAGACAUUAAAGGAGAGGCUAAGAAGAAAACAAGAACAUGAAAGAGCUGCAGCCAAGCGAUAAAUGCUGGCAGCUCAUGUUCAGUGACAUCAGCUAAGCUUUCAAAGAAAUUAUUCAGCCAUAGCUGAUGAAACAUAAGCUCUCUAUACUGCUAGUUAAUACAGAUGGACCAUGUUUAAUCAAUCAGGUCAGACCUGGGAGCCUGCAAUCAAUUUUAGAACACAAUAGUUAAGGAGUCCAGAUCUAGAGUCUUAACUACAGUAUAUCCCCAAACAUUGGUGAAGCCGAAUGAAUGCCAGACAAAUCUGGCAAACUUUCAGUUUUACCCCCACAGUCGUUAUUUAAUCAGAACAGUAACAUUCAGGAACAGUGGAACCAAAGCAGCAUCAGAUAUAUUUUAGCCAUAAAAUAACAUUUACAAUCUUUUUAGGUUAGCUGAAGCAAUAAAGCUGGAUUAAUGUCGACUAUAAGUUUUCCUGGUGCGUUUUAGAAUAACUUGUCAGUUUGAUAUUAGUUCUCUGUUGUUGCUUUACUAAGGGUUCUAGGCCAAUGCACUUGCACACCAAGUUUAUGUUCUUCAUAGUAGAUUUUUUAAAAUGGAUGCCUUUAAAUAGAGAUGCUGGUGACGUCAAAUCAGUAAUUCUGAGAAUGAUGGGUCCAAAUUGGACCUGCUAGUGAUUCAUCGUAUGAAGACCUAUCAGGUUUUUGGUGUGGAUGCUGUUACUAGAUAUUUUCAGUAUAAAUGUUGUCUUUAAAGUAAAGUAAAAGCAAACUGACAUUUUAAGAUGCUAUUUGAGAGGAAAUGGAGUUCAUUACAACAUACCAAGACAUGCCUGGGAUUUAUUUAGAUUGUAAAUGGCUUGUACUUAUAUUGUGCUUUGGUCAAGUCAGGAGACUUUACACACUUUACACUACAUACAGCCAUUCACCCAUUCAUGCACACACCCACACACUGAUGUGUGACAAACUAUAUAUCACUGACAGAAACAAAGGCUGCCAUACACUAGCGCCGCCAGGCCUUCGGACCACCAUCAGUUGGCAAUGCGGGUGAAGAUUCUUGUCCAAGGACACAACAACACUGAAAGGCAGAGCCAGGGCUUGAACCGUUAACCCUUUGAUUUCAGGGCAAACUCCUAUAUCCGUCGCCACUGUCAUCCCAUUUAGGCAGCAUAAGAGCAGAAAAAAAUUUAGAUUUAAAGCGAAUAUGUAGGCGGAACAGUGUUAACCAGAGUUACUGUGUUCAGACACAAUGGAUUUGGAAAUGUUUGCUAUCUUUUGUGUAAAACGGAGGUAUGAUAAAGAUUUACACCCUCAACAAUACGAAAAGCUCUUAUAUUAAUGCUAAUGGUUAGCAUAAAAUCCUAAUUUGAGUAGAUAUUUGCUAUUAAAUAGUAAAAUUUUACAUGAUUGCUCUUUCACAGUUUUGGUCAAAUCUUCCACUCGUGAAAAAUUAAUGAACAAUCAGUGCAGGAAUAAUGGAAAAUGGAAAUAAUGAAAAAAUCACCAGGUUACCUUCUUAUAACCUUGUGAACCACCUAAUAAUGUGCAGCAACCAAGCUUACGGUAGUUAGUUUUAGAGUCUAUUUGGGGGAUAGGAGGGAAGUUCAGCAGAGCCUUUUGAGCUGAUUGCGGUAAAGCGACACCCAGGGCCUGCCUACUAAAGAUUGGUUUUAGUCAAUCACAGUAAAUAAUGAAAUAGCAGCAGCCGCCAUAAGAGACCAGAACUUAUAUUUUUAUGGUUUUGCUGUUUAAAUUUCAAAAUGGAAAUUGUGGAUUCUGUCAAACAAAUGCGAUAGCAGCAGCAGCUAUGUGUACAUCCUUCGCUGCCAUGCUUGUUUUGGCCAGUUGUGGACUUUGCAGCUUUGGCUGCAGCUAUAUGCCCCGCUUCCCGCAUAACUGUCUCCUACAAUUUAAGCUGUAACGGUAAGAUGGAUUCUCGUGGUGCUUGUGAACGCACAAACACUACGAGAAUUCUGCUUGCAGGCAAGGUUAAUCAUCUUAUAGUUUGUAAGGAAAGCAGGGCUAAAACUUUGACUUGGUUUUAAGUUUGCGAAAAGAAAAAAAACUUAAUUCAUAGUGCUGCAUCUUUGUAUCCUCAUUAAUCGGCGCUGUUGCAACACUAACCACCUUUGGGUCAUUUACCUUCUGCACUCAGUCCUAAACUAUUUUUCUCUGGAUCUUUUCUCUGUCUUUCUUAUCUGAUUUUGUUGGCUAGAUGCCAUUUUAGAAAAGGAUAUCUGACCAUUAAAACAACUCUCUAAAGAACAUAUAGAUGAUACAAAUGAAUCAAAAAAUACAAAUUAAACCUCAUGACCAUUUAAAAACUGUGAAGUGCACUAAUGUCAUUAACAUGAUAGAUAUAUAUUUUUGUUUAAUGUGCAAAGAAGUUGUAUGAAAAAUAUGGAUUUGGUGUGCAAAGGCUUUUAAUCUGAGUUUACUUUACCAGAGUGAGUCCCCUCCCUCCUUUCAGUUUCCUGCAUGUUUCAUUGUGGCCCUUGUUUGACCUUCAUUUAUCUUUACAUUUUGUCGUCAUCAGUCAUUCCUUAAGCCUGUUACCUCAAGCCUGUCUGGAACAGUUACCGCAAAUAAUUUAAUGUCAAUGAGAAAAUAAAGAACACAGAAGGAAUGUUGUUAUCCUAGUAUAUUUUAUUCCCCGCCCUUCAGUCUGAACUAACUUGUUCUCCCAGAAGACUUGAUAUAAUCCAGCAAUUUAUUUUCUUAUUUUUAAGACAACAGAUUAAACCAUCCAAUAAUAUAAGAUCCAUCUUGUCACAAACCGCUUGAUGUUGUUUUUUUAUAUUAACUGGAAGGUAGGUUCUUUCUUCUAUGUUUUAACCAGCUUUUGCAUGUUGUACAGCAAAAGAAAACAAUGACUUACAUGAGCUGUACUGUAUACUAUGUAUACAUUUACUCAGCUCUGUGCAAAAAACAGGUAUUUUUUCACAUGCGUUUGUAAUUUUCUUUGACUUCUGCAUAUUUAUUCCAAAAUAAAGCAAUUAAUUGAAA